AUGGCCCCACGCUCCAAGUCGCGGGAUGGAGGCUGGGUUUGCAGCGGAUGCAAAGCUCGGAAUGGGGACGGCUACGAUUUCUGCUGGAAGUGCUGGAAGGUUCGAGACUCCGCGAAGACUGCGAACCACGGUGCGACCAGCUCCCAGGACGACACAGACGCCGAGGAUGCCACCAAAGCAAAGCUCAAGAAGUUACGGGUACACCUGGCAGAACUUCGACGGCAUGCGGAGGACCCAAACUUGGCCAAGCACGCCCAAGGCAACAUCGACAUCGUGCAGAAAGAAGUUGAUGAGUUGCAGGCAGCUGUCGACAGUGGCAGCGACAUCCCACGUUGCUUCUCGGAGUGCAAGCUCGUCCGAGAGAGGAACAAAACGCAGGCGCAGCGCGAGCGCACCCAGGAGCGGGUCGAGAAGCUGGAGCAGGAGAUCAAGGAGGCCCAAGAGAAGCUCGACAAGGAGAAAGCCCUCUUGGCCGGACAAGACGAGAAAUUACAAAAGCAGAAUGCCCGCAUCGAGGAGCUCAGCGUGCCCCAGGCGGGCAAGGGCUGGGGAGCGGCCGCGUCCUUCCUGGAGCAAGUGAAGAAGUGCCUGCGCGACCAGGCCAAGAAGGAGGCCGACGCCGCAGCGCGCGAGGCCGCCCACGACAAGCAGCAGAGGAACAAGCGCAGAGCUGAGGAGGGGAUCAAGCAGGAGUUGGUCUCUUUCCCCCAGAACGCCGACGCGACGCAGAUCACCAAGAUCAUGCAGGAGGCAGAGCAGGGGCAGGGGUUCUUCACCAUCAAUGCGAACUCCAUCGGCACGCUGGAGCGUACCAUGCGCUCCAUCAGGUACACGUACAAGUACCCCAUCAUCAUGGCGCAGGAGCUGCAGGCCAACGAGCACAACAUCUCUUGCCUCACGCAACGCAUGCAGAAGGAGGGCUGGAGCGCAGGGGUGCUCCUGGCGACCGUGCGGCCAAACAACAUGAGCUACGCCAGGGACCUCGACACGUGGGACAUCUCGCCCCGCGAGUCCAAGGGCCGCCUUGCGAUUGGCUGGGUUCACGCCCUCGGCAAGGAGGGCAUCACCGUAGGCACGGCUUACCUCUGGGUCAGCGAGGGCAUGACAGACCGCAACAGGGCCAUCCUGCGGAACUUCACCACGGCCGCUGCGGCGGCGGGGAAGCACUGGAUCCUGGGCGGCGACUUCCACAUGGACCCAGCAGAGCUACAGCACACAGGAGUGAUCAACAGGAUGGACGGGGUCAUCGUGUUCGACACUUCGCACGGCUCGUGCGUCACACUGGGCGAGGCACGGCACCGCGACUACUUCAUCAUAUCCAAGGCGCUCCUGGAUGGCCCGCUCCACGUGGCCGCGCAGGACCAGUACAACACGUCGCCGCACUCACCUGUGCUCCUGCGAGUUCCUCGCCUACGGGAAGAGAAACGCUGGGCACGGGUUCUGCGGCGCCAACGGCGAUGGCCACUUCAGCUGCCCACAGGCUGCAUGACGGGGCCGACUUCGUGGCCACGGCUCCUGGAGCACCGCAGGCACACUCAGGAGGACGUGGACCGCUACUGGGGCAACCUGGCCAACACGCACGAGGAGCACCUGAACAAGUACUUCAACUACGUCGGCCUGGACUGGCACGAGCGCAAGGGCCACCUGCAGCUGCCCACCUACGCGCGGGGGCAGCUCAAGCCGCCCACGGUGCGCGAGAACGGGAAGCAAGAGACGUUGGACUGGGCCCAGAACAACGCCAAGGGCAUCCUCGAGAAGGACAUCAUCGAGCCGCUCCUCGAGCGGAACCACCCAGCAUGGCGCGCCGAGCCCGACCAGGAGCGGGACAACGACGACGCCAUGGACGAGCAGGAGAACUCUGACAACCUGGACGAGUUAAACUACACCGGGCGCCGAGUCGAGGAGGACAUGACGAGCCUCCCAGCGAAUACUCCUCGGCGGACCCCCGCUGUCCUCGGCCUCACGGCUUCGCAGGACUGCCCGUUGGUCGGGGCGGAAGCGGCAGGAGAGCGCCGCCGACCGACGGGGCGGGGGCGAUACACGGACAUCGAUUGGGGCAAGUUGGUGAACACAGUCGCCUGGAUCGACGCCGAGCACAUCACCGAGAGGGGCUUGCACUACGUGGACUGCGUGGCCAAGCUCAUGACAGUAGCCAGCCAGCACACGUGGCGGCGAGCACGACAGGAAGCGACACGAGAAUGGCGACGCCGGGUGACCAAGCACAGCCAGGGGGGAGCGGGGGCGCUGCACAAGUGGACUAAGCCGCCUGUGCCGUGGGCACCGAUCAAGCCGACAGAGUCCCGCACCCAGCAGGAGCUCACGCACCCGCAGGUGGCAGCGGACACGGCGCUGGAAGGCUGGAAGACGGUCUGGGCGGACAGCUACAACGCCGACGAGCCGCGGUGCCAGGCCCCCAGCGACGACGAGUGGAGCGAGCACAGGGUCCCGCGGAUCACCCCGAGGGACAUCAUCGAGGCUUGUGGGCGUUUCCGCGCUGGGACAGGUGCGGCACGCGUGGCUAGUGUGCUCAACGCGGUGGAGCGAGGAGCGCCUUGGCCCACGUCGCAGGCCACCAUCCUCUUCUACCUCACGCCGAAGGCGGCAGGUGGCUUCCGCAACCUGGGCCUUAUCCCUGAGCUGGCGCGCGUGUGGGAGACCAUCCGCAUUCCCUACGCGAGGCGUUGGGAGGCAGCCAACAAGCGAGCCUAUGACUGGGCACGCCGAGGGAGAUCGUCGGAACGCGCGGCAUGGCUACAGGCUCUUUACUGUGAGGCCGCGCGGGCCGACGGACACGACUACGCGGUGACCUACUUCGACCUGAUCAAGUGCUUCGAGUGGGUCACACAUCGGAAGGUUUGGGAGGCGUCGCAGCGAUGGGGCUUCAAUCCAAUCGUCAUGCGGACCGUCCUCAAGAUCUACAGCAUGGUGCGGCGCAUCGUCCUGGACGGGUGCUACACCGACGGCAGGGCGUGGCAGCGCGGCAUCGUGGCGGGCAGCAGGUAUGCACCGUUCUGUCUCAAGAUGGUGAUCAUCCUCGAGCUGGACAGACUGGUGCACCAGUCCCCCUGGGCGGACACGUGCCUCUUCUUCGACGACCUCGCCAUGGCCACGUACGGCAGGCACGAGUACGUCGACGAGGUCCACCCGCGGCUCAUCGCGGCCGUGGUCUCUAUCUUCGAGACGACGCUGGACAUGGCCGUCUCGCGGGGCGCGGAGGGAAAGACGGUCACCCUGACCUCCUCCACCGCGCUGGGCCAGCACAUCAACAAGAGUACCAGGCACCCCGGCGUGAGAGUGGUCAAGCACGAGAAGCACCUGGACUCCAAGCUCACUGAGCUCAGGAAGAACGUGGCGGCGGCGAUGGAGGGCAACAACAAGGGAAGGCGCCUCGGCUGGAUGACGCAGGCCUCGCACACGGUCACCAUCGACGGGAACGUGCUCGACCUCCGCUACACCGCGUCGCAGGAGAUCCGGCACCACGUCGCACGCACCACAGAGCAGCAGCUGGAGGACGAGUGGGUGGGACAGCACGGCCGCCAGUACGGCAUCACCCUCCAUCUUCCUGGCACCGGCGCAAGCACUACUGCGACGGCCUCUCCAGGGCCGCUGGACGCAGGCCCACCGCACUCCAGUGAGGGGCCUGUUCUGCGGAGGGACGUGGCCGCAGGCGCGGCUACACGCAGCAGGAGCAGCAGCCGACAGCACAUGCAGAGCGCGCGGGCUGGCACCAGGCACCGACAGGGGCGCGGCGUCAUGGCUGACCCCGCCGACGAGCUCGGGGUCUGGGAGCUAGCUUCGUGCGACGACUGGCUCACCGAGGGCAACUGGGACGGCCUCGCGGCAGGGGACAUAUACGUGGACGGCUCGUUGCAGUUCGGCGACUACGCACCACUGCGACGAGGAGGAUGGAGCUUCACUAAGCUCAAAGACAACGGCGAGUACGACAUGGACUACGUGUGCUACGGGCCCCUCCCUGGCGCGCAGUGGGCCCAGAGCAUCCUGCGGGCGGAGCUCUACGCGCUGCUGCAGGCGCUGCGCGUGGGCACCCUGCCCAUGCGCAUUUUCACCGACUGCCAGAACGUCGUCGACGGCGCGAUGGCGGGACCAGCGUGGCUCGACAAGAGGAGCCGCCCGCACCUCGACCUCUGGGAGUGCAUCGCCCAGGCCAUCGCAGAGCUCGGAGGCCUGGGCCCGCGCACCGUGCAGGUGCUGAAAGUGAAGGCCCACGCGACGCGCGCCGAGCGAGCCGCUGUCGGGCGCGCGCAGUGGGAGGGCAACAAAAUAGCUGAUCAAUAUGCCAAGCAGGGAGCUCUGUACCAUACCCACCCUGUCUGGUGUAGAGAGACUUACAUUCAGAAGUAUCGACUGGUUCGGGGCAUCCUGGAAUUCGGAGCCUAUGUAGGAGUCCUGGGCCGUGAUAUUGUCGACACUGAGCAGGGCUCGAGUCCGACGGACUCGAACCCCCCCGACCCCCCCUCGGACCUCCUGGACCUUCCUGGGAACCUGGGGGCGGUCGCGGGCGAGGAGGGCGGGGCCCUGGUGGCCCCUGACCCCUCAGCCCCGCCCCUGGUUGCUGACCUCCCGUCUCGGGCCGCUCUGGACUGGGGGUGCGCCAGG